GGACCAGGCCACCGGAAGAAACAUAAAAUUCCAAAUCUUGGGUUUCUCAAGCUUCUUAAUGCUGUACCUUGACAGUAGUCCACGAAGCAAAAGUCACCAACCAAAGCAGCUAAUCUUGCAAGGAAUUAGGCCUGUUCGAAGUCCUUUGCAAGUCCUUGCAUCUGGGAUGCUGUUCUGCUACAUCAUCAGUGAAUAUGCCUUCUUAGAUGAAUAACCAUGCAUUGAGUCCAAAUUCACCGGGAUAUACAUUAUUGAUGCUUAAUAGGACAAUCAUUUGCUAGAGUAUUCAACCAAAGUCUUCAAAGCAGGCCAUGGAGACUUGUGUAUCUGCUUCUAGUAGUUUGAGUAUGAAAAUUGUUUGAGGUUUCUUCUGGUCUUUCCAUGAACUGAUAAAGUCAAAAAACGUCU